AUGGCCGAAGAAAUCAUGGGCAUAGCAUCACGGCAUCCUGGGGAAAUGCAAAAAAUUAAAAAGACGUUACCUGAUUUAUACGCAGCUGUUGAUAGCUACAACGUCGACAAGGUGAUUCUUGUAUUAAGGGAGAUCCAAGCGCAGGAUAUAAAGGAUCGGCUAAUACGGGGACAGUAUAUGUUAAAUACAUACAACCGUCCGCUAUCACCAGAUACACAACGUCUCUAUGAUGCUUAUAAGGCAGGCAAAGAUUUUGGUCCAAAUAUGGAGGCGGCAAGGAAGAUGUUUCCCGACUUAUCUCUACUUGGUCCUUCCAGGUUGCUAUUCAUCUAUGUGAUAAUUCGUGGCGUCAAGCUGCGUGCUUUAGUAGAUACUUCUGCACAGCACAGUGUUAUACGGUCGGAUGUCGCGAAGAGUUGCAAGUUGUUUUCCUUAGUUGACCGGAGGGUUAAAGGAACUGUAUUUGAUGAGAAGGCGGAACGGAUCGUGGGACGUAUCCACCUUGCAGGCAUGAAAAUAGGCCAUACGUAUAUACCAUUCUCAUGUGUUGUCGUAGAUAGAUUGAGUGUGGAUUUCGUAUUCGGACUCGACAUUAUGCGGAGAUGCCGUUGCACAAUCAACCUGCGGGAAAAUAGACUGCACUUGGGACCUGAGCGAAUCCGUUUCCUUGACCAACGAGAGUUGUAUGACGGAACCCUAGUGGGUGCUGUGAUAGAACUACUUUUAAGAAAGCGUCCCACGUUGCCCGCAAAGAAAGGGUUAAGUGCAUCUUCAAGAAGAAAUGUCGCAUCCAGAAACCAGGGCCAGCAAGACAGUACGACACGAUCCAGUCAGACCGCAUCACAGGAAGUAUCCACAUCCACAAAAGAGGACCAGCAAGACAGUACGACACUAUCCAGUCAGACCGCAUCACAGGAAGUAUCCACAUCCACAAAAGAUAGGCACCACAAAGUUGACAAAGAAUUCCUCAUGAAAAAGUGUUAA